AUGGAUGAAGUUGUGGAAAUAGAGACCUUAGAGAAGAGUUUAUUGGAAGACAAUGAAGAAGACGAAGAAGUGUUAUAUUCAGCAUCGUUUAAAGAAACGGAGGAGAAUUUCGUCAAGUACCAAACGGUACAGUGGGUACUUUACUCAUUGUUACUGAUAUUAGCUUGGGGAAUUGGGUUACUCAUGUUGCUUUAUAUACCAAUCAGAAGGUUUAUACUUAGAAAUGAUAUUCGUUCUAGAACCCUUUACCUUACUCCAAAUGCUAUUGUUUAUAAGGUCACAAGGCCGGUACCAUUUCCAUGUUUUGGGGUGCUGCAUAAAGAGAAGCAUGUUUUACUGCAUUCCGUGGCUGAUAUCGUGGUUGAACAAGGGUACUUGCAAUCCCUUUUUGGUGUAUGCUCUGUUAGAAUUGAAAAUGUUGGAGUUAGAAGGCCACCCAGUGACGAUGUUAAAAUCCUCGGCGUUGCAAAUCCUAACGAUUUCAGGAAGGCUGUUAUGAUGCGCCUAUCAAACAUAAGAAAUGAGUUAGUUUCAAGACAAGCGUCUACAUUAGAAGAUUCUUCGCAUUUGAUGAUGUCUCCAUCUAAGUCUGAGAGAUACGAUUCUACUCGUUUAAGGGAUCUGCUGCUAAUGCAGAAACUAGAGGAAGUUGGAAGCUCUGUCAAGCGAAUGCAGACUUUAUUUGAGGAGCAACAAUCUCAAACAAUCUGA